UCAAAUGGAAACAUAAGUUAUCGAUCAAAACAACGAAUGACAAAAUAAGUUAACUUUAAAAUGUUUUAUAGGAAAUUCAAUCCUUGAGCUGGUUUGCAUCUUUAAAAAUGGGUUCUAUUAUUGAAGAUAACAGUUCCUAUGACUUUGAAGCUUCAAUACAGACAACCCGGAUUUUGAAAAUUUUGAGUAACUCCAUAAAGAACACAGAAGUGGUUCUUUGCCUUCCACUUUUGUUGCACAAUAAAGGUGCAGUACUCAAAAACUAUUUUCUUCCGGACCAAGUAAACUUCAUCAGGAAUGUGUGCAAAAAACUCUCGGCUAAACCGGGUUUGGGUGGUAAAGAUGAUGAGGAUCUCCAUUCUGAAAUGUGCGUGGUCAUCGAUUUGAUACUGAGCAAACAAAAACUGGUGGAUUAUUGCCGCUCUUCUUUAUCUGAAGAUAUAUCCCCUGGGGGUUUAGCUUUAUUGAGAAACUUGGAAGAGUUGCGGUUCUGCGUAGCUCAGCGGCUGCGUGUGACGCCCAAAAUGGAGGCUGCCCAAGAUGCUGAAUUACGCAGACUCUACCAACAGAACUUACGGAACAAGGAGGAGGUCGAUCGUCUUACAGAGAAGCUGAACAAACUAACCGCAGAAACCGAGGCUGAAGUUGAGGACAAGAAACAGCUGAUUCGUGAACAGCUUGAGAAGAUUGAUAAGCUUAAAAAGCAGUGCAAGGAUAGUAUCAAGAAAAAAAUGGAUGAAGCAGAGAGACAAAUCAGUUGGGAUAUCAGAAACAGCGAAUACCUCCUCGAGGAACUACAGUCAGCAGCAAAGGCUGCACAAUAUCGUCGGGACAAUCAGCUCAAAGAUCAUCUCAACUCUGAAAAAGAGCUGCGGGCUAAAAGGUACAAAGUAGAGUCACAGUUGGUAGCCCUGUUGCAGAAGUACGACUCAGACAUCGGUGAGAGACAAGCACAACUGGAGGAGCUAACAGCGCAGUUCGAAGCAGAGAAGGAGCAAAUGGCUCAGCUUCAGGUUAAAUUCGAUGAACAGGAAUAUGAAUAUGAGAACUUGAUGUUGGAGAAGGAACAGUACGAGAGAAGACAAUGGGAGGCGAAGUUAUACGACAUACGAUGUCGCGUCGCCGCUCGUAAGAUACAGAGAUUCUGGAGAGCCUACCUGGCUACCAAGGCGAAGGGGAAAAAAGGAAAGAAGGGCAAGAAGAAGAAGUAAUCGUAAAACAACUGGUAGAAAAAAUUAAAAUUAAAUGGUAAUAAUAUCCUAAACUUCAUUUGAAGCCCCAAUAGAUUUUUUUAACAGAAAGACUAAAAAUUUCAUAUUGGAAUAUGUAGUCAUUAAAUUUAUCUUAUGAAUCUUAUAGCAACUAGUAGCAAAAGCUGAAAUUAAUUGGUAAAUUUUAUUUUAUAUAUUUUCUAAACUUCAUUAGAAGAGCUAAUAGAACAGAAUGACUAAAAAUUACGAAUUGGAAUAAUUGUUAAAUUUAUUUUAACGAUCUUAAAAAAAAUCUGUAAUUAUUAGUGAUGACUUUGCAUGUUACUUAUUUCAUUAGUAAAAGAAAAUAGUGCAUUGA